CUGAUAUCAUGCAGCAUUGCAGUCAGUAAACCGGACAUUGUGGAUCUUACGACCUUUGGCUACCAGCACAUAUAUAUUAGUUUCUUAGCAUAUUUUGUUGACAAAACUGUUGCACCACCGGUACAGAUAUUCUCAAAAGUUCCAACUAUUGAUAUCGCCUUGCCAUCUGACUUUUUUUAUCCAUUUUUUACCGAUAUGAAUGGGCGGCCUGCGUAAAA